AGCUAGAGGCAGACCCUAGAGGCCGGCGCUCUCUGCUCCCCCAUCCACCUCCCUGCUUCCCACACAGCCCUCUGGGACUGGCAUAGUGUCUGGAGGCGGGCCAGCAACCUGAUGUGCAUGCCACAGCCCGUCCCUCUCCCCACACAGAGCUGCAGUAAUCCUGAGGUUCAGAGAGCCGGCUGGAGAGGCAGCCUCGGCACAGGAACCGUGACACCCAGAGCAAAGGCCACCAAGCGGAUUCAUUCCAUCCUCCUUGGGAGCAAGUGGAGUGAGACUAGCCCCCAGGCUGACCGCUCUUCAGUCCUGAGAGUACCACCACCGGCUGCUGCUGAACCAUGGCUGAAGGGGAGGUCACCACCUUCACAGCCCUGACCGAGAGGUUUAAUCUGCCUCCAGGAAACUACAAGAAGCCCAAACUGCUCUACUGCAGCAACGGGGGCCACUUCCUGAGGAUCCUUCCAGACGGCACAGUGGAUGGGACGAGGGACAGGAGCGACCAGCACAUUCAGCUGCAGCUGAGUGCGGAAAGCGCGGGCGAAGUGUAUAUAAAGGGUACGGAGACUGGCCAGUACUUGGCCAUGGACACGGACGGGCUUUUAUACGGCUCGACACCAGAUGAAGAAUGCCUCUUCCUGGAACGGCUGGAAGAAAACCAUUACAACACUUACACGUCCAAGAAGCACGCGGAGAAGAACUGGUUCGUGGGCCUCAAGAAGAAUGGGAGCUGUAAGCGUGGUCCCCGGACUCACUAUGGCCAGAAAGCAAUCCUGUUUCUCCCCCUGCCGGUAUCUUCCGACUAGAGGGAUCUGUCUGGGUGCUCCCUAUUUUGGUUGACCCUAAAAUGUUCCCUUGACCAUUGGCUGCGCUAACCCCAGCCCACAGAGCCCGAAUCUGUAAGCAGUGCUUCUAAUAAUAGCCAGUUCACUUUUCCUGCUGAGCCCUUUCCUCCCCCCACACCCCCGAAGCACAGUUUGGAACAGAGGGACCAAAUUGCUUCUAAGGGGCCAACUGGCUGGUCAGUCUAGAUCUGGGUUUGGAUAUCCAGUUGCCUCAGGGUACCUGCUGCAGGCUGGACCUCACGACACAAAGAUGGGGCCAUGUGAAGCAUCCAGAGGGGUCUGAGAAGUUGGUCCUUGGUUCCAUGCUCUUUCUCUUACUGAGUAAGCCCUAAUUUGAGUACCCCAAGCACCCAGCAGGUCUACCCUUCCCCCUACCAGCACCCCACCAAUAUUAGUAAAGAAAUUGAUAGUGAGACUGGAGGAAUUCCAUGAUAGAGGCAGAAAUUCCCCCACCCCCACCUGCAUGCACAGACUUAAAACCGAAAGGGAGUGGCAUGUCUGUGGACAGUCUAGAAGUGUGGGGUCUCAGCACUGAGUAAAAGGCGAGGCGAGGCCCAGCAGUCGUUCCCAAGUCACCAAGGAAACAUCUACAGUCGGGAUGAGCCAUGGGUAUAGGAGAAGUGAGAAAGGAAGGGCCCUUCAGCUGUGGAUGCUAGCCUCUCAAAAGAGAGGUUUUAGACAUGAGGACAAGGAAAGAGAAACUAAAGCCAUGGAUGACAUGGUGUGCUGGGCCACCAAGAAACAAGGGCUUUGGGGUCCCAGUAUGAUGGCCCCCAAAUCGUACAUGCAUACAGAUCAUCUGAGGGUUUGAUUUGAAUAUAAAACCUGAUUUGACAAGGC